AUGUCCACCGAGCACCUGCUUGGAGACAUCAGUGUCAUCCUCGACGCCCUCAUAGGCACAGAGAACGCUCCCCGACAUGCUGCCGAGGCGCGACUCUCCGAGCUCACGGUGCGCGUCCCCGCUGAGCUCCUCCUCCUCUUUGCACAAGUCGGUGCACAAGGUGUAGGCGGCUUUCAGGUCGAUCAACGACUCCUCUCGCUCAUCCUCCUUCGACGCAUCGCAUUCCGGGAACACCCGGGCAUCGCGCUCGACCCAGCUGCCCCGUCGCCGACAGCCCCGUUCGAUGUCAUCCCAGAGAACACACGAGAGCGUAUUGAACGUGUGCUGGAUGCGGGUCUCGAAGACGAGAUGGACACCCGCCUCCGAAAGGGGCUUGGCGUGUGUGUUGGCGAGUGGGUCAAUGCGAGCGAGCGCAGGCAACGUCCCUCCGUGUCGCUCCCCGACGUUCUCCUCAAGCUCGCUGCUUCGCCCCGCCCAUUCCAUCGCUUCACCCCCUUCCAGAUCCUCGACGCCGCACCUUCUCUCUUGAGUGACAAGCACUCGGGACAGCCCGUGGGUGCGCGCAAGGCCGCCGAGCUGCUUCUGGGCGGCAUCAACGACCCAAGUGUCGACGUCCGCAUCGAGGCGCUCAAGGCGACCCGUGGUGUGCUGCACGACGGCAUGACGGCCGACGACCGCGCAGCGUUCGGCUCGGGUCUGGUCGGCGCGGCCUUUGAGGUUAUUCCAGUGUUACCUCUUGAUGUCCUGGAGCACGCUCUCGAGCCAAUGAUCGACAUUGCAUCGUCCUUCCCCGACCUCUUCCGUCCCUCCCUCCAUGCCGUCGUCCCUUAUCUACUCAGCUGUAUCGCCCCACCCGCAACACUCGAGGGCCACACGUUCACCCGCUACGCUCACCGCGAAAUGGAGUGGAACAGCUGGUGCGAUAUGGGCAACAUGGCCUUUGAGGUACUGUUCUCGCUCGUCAUUGCCGACCCAAGUGACGUCGUGCGCUGGGAGGGCGGGUACUUUGUGAGCGACGUUGUGGGGUCGCUCAUCGGCCGUCAAGUGGCUUCCUUUGCGCUGGAGGACGACCACUGCCAGGAAUGGCUCGAGGAGACAGAUCUCGAGGAGGAAGACGAUUCGUACCCGGCAUACGCCGAGGAGAUGCUUGGCCGCCUGUCACAGAUCCUCAAGGAUCACUAUGUGAUCCAUGCCGUGGGCGGAGUGGCCACCGCGCUCAUGAAGCGCCCAGAAUGGAGGGCAAAGUACUGCAGCUUGACAGCGCUGGCCUGCGUCUCGGUAGGCUGCUACCAGGUGAUGAAGCCCGAGGCAAGAGGACUGCUCGAACUCAUUUCGCCCGCGGCGGUCGAUGCCCACCCCCGAGUGCGGUACGGCUUCCUCUACUGCAUCAGCCGCAUGUCCUCCAACCUCGAGGGCGUGAUCCAGACCGAGUACGCCGACGCGGUACUCAACAUUGCCCUUCAGCUGCUGGGCGAUGAUGCUGCCCGAGUGCGUGAAGCUGCGGCUGCAGCCAUCGUGCACUUCUUCGAGUACCCAGAUACCCCAUUGUUCGAGGACAAGCUCAAGGCCAUCCUCACCGCCCUUGUCACUGCCUUCCUCCAGCGCGGACCGCUGUAUAUCCAGGAGCAGGUGCUUUCUGCCAUCUCCACGAUCGCGACGCACUCGCACGAGGUAUUCCUCCCCUAUUACCGAGACAUUAUGGACAUCAACCUCAAGAUCCUGACGGCGACGAACACGACAGAGAAGGAGCAAAAAGUGGUGGGACGUAGCAUGCGGUGUGCAAGCUUGAUAGGACAGGCGGUGGGCAAGGAGACCUUCUUCAAAGACGCUAUCCCCCUCAGCCAGGCGCUGUUGGUUAUCCAGAACCAAAUAACAACGCCCGAGGACGUUCGCAAGGGGUACCUUGCAGAUGCGUGGAUCGUCAUUGCCGAGGUCCUGGGUCGUGACUUUGCCCCCUUCCUCCAGUUUGUUGUCCCACCUGUGAUCAAGGCGGCAAGCUACACCCCGACGCAGACGCCUACCAAUAUUCUGGAAGACGAGCCCGAGGAGAAUGGCUACGACCAAGCGACGUCUGCCGAGGCGCAGGAGAAGGAGGAGGCCUUUGGCCAGCUCACAGUCUACGUCCACGAGAUGCGUGCUGCCUACGCACCAUACCUCGCCGACACUAUGCGCGUGGCCCUUGACGCGAUCCAGUACCAGUGGUCUGACGGCGUGCGCGAGGCUGCCAAGGACGCCAAGAUCUGGAUUGCCGACGCAUCCAACCUCGAGAGCAUGUUCCGCACACUAAUCAACGCGAUCCCACACGAGCUCGAGGCGUCCGGCGUUGGCCAGCUGUACCAGUCCAUCGGCGACUCGCUGCGCGUCCUCGAGACCCCGCUCCCAGACACCAACACCACCCACCUCGCCAAGGCAACUCUCCAAUGGCUCGAGGGCGUGCUUGAGCGCCGUCGCCAGCGCGCGGCCGAGGCGGCUCGUCCCGAGCGCGCCGACUUUUGGCUGUGGGCCGACGAGGAACAGUACGAGGAGGCAGCAGAGGACGAGGCCAUGAACUGCAUGGACAAGACGUUUGGCCGGAUUGUCCGGCAAGACCAGCACGCUCUGGCGUCCAUGAGCCAGAUUGUCGAGAUGGCCGGGCGCGUCAAGGCCGCGGCGUGUGCGUGGGGCGAGGAAGAGUGA